GGACGUUGGCAAGAAGCCGAGGAAAGUCGCAAACGUAUAGCAAAAAUGUCUGGGAUGGAGUUUGAACCAAUGGCACCACCCGAGGAUAAAGGAGAAGUCAAGGAACCGGAAAAGAAAAUUAGCAUCGCUGACGUAUUCAAACAGCCUCACUUGCGUAGGAAUCUGCUUGUUCUAUGGACUAUGUGA